AUGUCCAUCUCCGACAUUCACCUCCACUUUGGUCACUCGCCUUUGCCAACGCUCACCACUACGACUUCGACUUCGACUUCGACUUCAACACCAAACCAACAGAGACAACCUCAAACUCCUCUACUCAAUCCAACACACAUUUCAACAGACAAGGCAAUGUCUACACACGCCGCACAACUGCUCGAGCAGCAACUGUUUACUGCCAUCAAGACACAAAUCAUCAGUCUAGCAACGCCUCUUUAUGGCACAAGAUCAGAAGACGCAUCAAAAGUCUAUGAUGUAGUCACCUACAGCAUGACCACCAACAGUGAUGGCAGUAGCAACGAUAGCAGAAGCACCUUCAACACUGCCAGCACCAGGAGCAACAACGAUGAUGAAGAGGAAAUAAUGUCAACCUACGGUGUGGCAUUGAUUCUCUACACAGGCGCUUCAAAUUCGCCAUUCACAUCAUGGACACUGAUCAGCCAUGUGGAGGAUCAGCCUGACAUCAUCACUGGGGCGAAUUGUCUGUUGGAAGACUUGAGGAAGGGGAUGAGUGGAGUUAUCAGUGUCUGCAUGCAAACGGGUAAUUGGGUGAUGAAACAUGGGAGGAUUCCCAACGUUGCGGGUGUUAGCGAAGGAGGGCAGGAGGGUGAAGAGGAAGUCGAGGAUGAGCAUGGGGGUGACGGAGGGGACAAUAUGGACGUCAGGCGUGGCGCUGAAGGUGGCGGCGGUAGAAUGGACGAUGCCAGCGAAGACCCGAAGCAGACUGGCUGGAGUCCAAGGUUGUCGAAAAUCAUCGAAGAGGUGUAG